AUGACUAAUGCUACCCAUGAAAAUGCUAUAUAAACUGGUAUUUUUCCUCCGACUAUCACCUUAAAAGUAAUGAAAAAUUCUUAAAUUACUUUGAGUUUCUAUAUCAUCUCAAUUUUCAGAGUCAAGCUAAUUAAGAUGUUUCAAGAUCUUAAUUGUCAUUCCAAAACUGUAACCUAACUUUUUGGCCACCGAUGCAAUUAUUCAACCAGUUACAAUGAUGAUCAAAUUAAUAAGUACAUCGGAUCGGUCGGAUCUGAGAGGGUGAGUUUCAAAGAUAAUAAAAUGACCAAUGCACUUGCAAAUACGUAAACUGCAACUGAAAAUUUUGCUAAUAUUUCUUCAUUAUAUUCCCACGUUAUCGGAAUUAUUAUUACGAAGUAAUAAAUGACUUGGCUAGAAUAGUAAAACCAAGAAAAGAUUUGUUGGCAAUUCAAGGGAAGCUAAAACCCAUGA